AUGUCGAACACUUUGUCGACUGAUUUUGCUAACGUGCUAGGCGAAUCUGCGGUGGGAAAAUCCUCUAUUGUUCACAGAUUUGUCAAGGACUCUUUCACAGACUCGCGGGAGUCUACCAUCGGCGCGGCUUUUCUUACCCAGACAAUCCAGAUUGACACUAAUACGACUGUCAAGUUCGAGAUAUGGGACACCGCAGGCCAGGAAAGAUAUAGGUCACUCGCCUCCAUGUAUUACAGAAACGCACAGGCAGCGCUGGUUGUUUUUGACAUCACGCAGGAACUGUCGCUCGACAAGGCCAAAUACUGGAUCAAGGAGCUUCAGAAACAGGCAAACUCAGACAUUGUGAUCGCCCUGGUAGGAAAUAAACUUGAUUUGGAAGAGGAGCGAAAAAUCAGCAAAGACGAGGCCCAGGCCUUCGCCAACGAAUUGGGACUCAUGUAUGCAGAGGUUAGUGCUAAAACGGGGGAGAACGUCAAGGAUUGCUUCAGAGACAUUGCCCUGAAACUGCCAUUGGAGGAAAAACUGAGCCAGCAGGGCCAGCGCAGAAGACGCACAGUAGAUCUGAAUCAGCGGCCUUCCACUAACGAGCAGCAGUGUGCCUGUUAG